AUGCCAGGUCAGAGCGAAGUUACGAUGGAGGAAUUCCGGCUCAUGGUUGACCGGGCCGGGCUGGGCCUGAGCGAUCAGGAACUGGAAGAACUCAAACCCAUCUACGAUCUCUACGCCGCCUACGCCACCCAACUCCACGACAUCAACUACGGUGCGGAGGAGAUGGUGGUGGAGUUUCACCCCGAUUGGCCCGGUGCAUAG